AUGUUACCACAAUAUACUUUCGGGGAAGGGUACUCUAAUUCGAUUUAUCUCAUCGGACGCCUAUGGACCGGGAUCUUAUCUCUGCCAGUAGAUAGACACAACUCUUCCCUCGUCGGAAUUCGUCCUCCUCUCAUCGACCGUCUACCCAACCUCGGUGCGCCCGCGUUCCUCCUCUCCCCGCGCCGGGUAACGAACACGACAACCUGACGUCGAAGCGAGAAGCCGUGCAACAGCCUUCUAUCUCCACCUACAGAUCAUCGUCCCGGCGUGCACGGUUUCGUCCUCCGGCCUCACCAUGGCCCUGCGCGGUUUCGCCUCUCUCCGGCGUUUGCACACUCUGCGCCCGAGCAUGGCGUCUCUGUCAUCCACGAUCACCUCUUCGCGGGUCUCGUCCCCGGCGGCUUCGUUGCAGCCGUCUCUCCCGGACCUGCGGGUGCGCGACCUGAUGGACGCGCGCGUGCAUAUGGGGCACCGCACGAAGCUGUGGAACCCGGCCAUGGCGCCGUACCUGCUCGGACACCGCAACGGCAUGCACGUAAUCGACCUGGACAAGACCGUGCCGCUGCUGUCCGCCGCCCUGCAGGGGGUCUCGAAGAUGGCCGAGCACGACUGCACAUUUCUGUGGCUCGGCCCGCGCGAUCCGCAGAAGGCGAGGAUCGUCGAGAAGCAAGCGAAGAAGGCGGGCGCUUUUACUAUUGAUGGUGCGAGGUGGAUUGGCGGGACGCUUACCAACCCGAUCAAGAGCAAUCAAGCGGAGCGCUUUAAUUAUCGCAUCCCGGAUUGCGUUUUUGUCAUCGAUACGAAUAGACAUAUGCCGGCGCUCAAGGAGGCCAGAUUGUGCGGCAUUCCCACGAUUGGCAUUUCCGACUCUGACUGUGACCCGAGGAUGCUGACGUAUCCUAUUCCGGGGAAUGAUGAUGCGGCUUAUGCGAUAUUUUUGUACUGCAGUCUUAUGAAGCAUGCCAUUUUAGAUGGCAGAGCGAGGGGUUUGAGGCUGAACAGGCCUUCCAUGACUGUUCCGAAGAAAGCAGAGGGAGGCCGCGGGAGAAGAAGCCACCGCCAACGGCGGUAAGUGAUGUCGACAGUCGAACAUGUCUCAAAUUCAAUAAUUCAACAACAGCCCCGAACAGCAUUGUUGACUACAACUUCUCAACUCACCGGAACACCGACUCAUGUCGUUGCAUUGCUCCGGACAAGAAUCGACAACAAGUCCUUCAAACAGAAUGGAAGGUUGCGUUGAGCGAAGAUGCUCACCAACGACAUUAUGUUUUCUUUUUUGGACCAAAUGGCACCACACCGGAGCUUGGGUGGGCAAUGCAUCGCGUGAAUGGUUGCUUCUAAAACAAUCCCGUUCACUCAGCUUGUUCAGGAAAGCGCACUUUUCUUGACAACUAAUACCUCUUCAAUAAAUCAGAUGCUGAUGACAUUUAAUAGU